UCCCGCUGAAAGGGGACUGCUGACGGGAGCGUGCACGGACCGUAAAUGUAAAGUGGCUUUCACGGAAGCGACAGUCGGGAACGCAGUUCUUCAUUAGCUUCCAAUGAAAGGACAUUUGUAAUUGUAAUUAUUAGUUAACGGAUAAGAAUGAGACGGUUUUUCUGUACUGUAGAGACAUUAGCAUAAAAGCUAAAGUUAGUUCGCGACGAUGAAAUGAACUCAGGCAGAUACUGUUUGGCUAGCUUGAGUCACUGGAGAUGGUCUUGAGGUGUUUAUAAUAUCGAAGGAGACUGAGAUGGAAGACAGCGAUGGGGAGGACGCUCUAGAAGCACCUGGGCUUCCACUGGAGAUCAUCGUUUACAUCCUGAGUUUUCUCCACGUUUCAGACAGAAAGGAAGCCUCACUAGUCUGCCGCAGCUGGUACAUUGCCAGCCAGGACCCAGGUUUUCAGAAGAAUGUCACUUUCCGUUUCCCUGCUUCAACUUCCUCCCUGGAGCUGGUCAGGGGUCUGGGUCGAAAGCCACGAUGCAACCUGAUAAUCAGCCAGCUCGAUGGCUUCAGUAUUUCCAAGUCGCUGCUAUUGGAGGUGGGCCUUUGCCUUGGCCCUAAACUGGAGAGCUUGGCCCUGCCUGGUAGCAGUAUAACAGAGGCCUCCUUGUUGGCCCUCCUCCCUCGCCUUACCUCCCUCCGCAGGUUGGAUCUCAGAGGCCUGGACAGCCUCUUCAUGUCUGGAGCAUUCCUCUCCAGGGAGGAGCACAGACAGCAGGUGCGCUCAGCGCUGAGUGGUCUGGAAGAGCUGGACCUGUCUGACCUGCGCUACCUGUCUGACCUCACCUUCAACCGGCUCACAGGGUGCACCCCGUGUCUCCAUCGGCUGUCACUGGCUGGCUGCCACAUCGCUUUUGAGUUUGACCCAUAUCGAGGGUGCCCGGUGGGAGCCGUUGAGGACUCUUCAGCUCUGCUGUCACUAAGGAACUUGAGGAGGUUGUUAAUAGAGCAGAAAUCUACCCUCAUAGCUCUGGACCUCAGUAGAACCUCCAUCACCCCUGAGUCACUGCGCACUGUUGCACAGGUUCAGGGUUUGAUUUUAGAGGAACUGGUUCUGCACGGCUGUAAGGAGCUGACGGACUACUCAGUGGAAAUUCUGGUGAAGCAUCAGCCAGGCCUCCAGAAACUGGACAUCAGUGGCUGCACGGAGCUGACCAGCAGGUCUCUAGAGGCCAUAGCGCGAGGCCUAAAGUCACUGACCCACCUCUCAUUGUCCCGGGACUGGAGAAUCACAGAAAAAGGCCUCUCUGACCUGCUCUUGUUGCCGUCCCUGAGCUUUCUGGAUCUGUCUGAGUGUCUGCACAUCAGUGGAACAGAGAUGGUGAAAUGCUUAAAGGGAUCCAAUGCUGCCAGAGCACAGCUGGAGACGCUCAACCUCAAGAGCUGCACUUACUUUAGGAAUCUUGCAGUUUUCUCUCUCGCCCAGCUGCUUGGGGAUUCUCUCCGCGAGCUCGACCUGACCUCAUGCAUCAAUGUGACUGACCUGUCUGUGUGCGCAAUUGCCACCUACCUGCAGAAGCUGGUAGUGCUGCGGCUCGGCUGGUGUAAAGAAGUUACAGACUGGGGUCUGAUGGGAAUGGUGCAAACAACCAACUGUGAGCCCGACGAGGAGACGGGAGACAAGGGCCCCAGGUUCACCCGGACUUUCGGCAACAUGGGCUUCUUCAAGCCUCCUCGCUUGCCUUUUGAGGAGCGACCCAAGCUGGUGACUCAGAAUGACCUGGAGCAGUUCAAACAGCAGGCUGGAGCGUCUCUUUUAGCUCUCAGCAGGCUGCAGGAACUGGACCUCUCUGCCUGCUCUAAACUCACUGACAGCAGCAUCACUCAGGUGGUGCAUUUCCCAGAACUCCACCGUUUGUCUCUCUCCAUGCUGCCAGAGAUCACUGACGCCAGCUUGGCAUCGGUAGCCUGGCAUUGCCGCAGUCUCACUAGCCUGGCGCUCAGCCACUGCCCAGGUAUCAGUGACUGUGGAGUGGCGCAGGCUGCACCGUAUCUCCCCAGACUGCAACAUCUCUACCUCUCCUGCUGUAAUAACAUCACUGAUAGAUCUCUGUUCCUCCUGGUCCAGCACUGCAAGCGUCUAAGGACACUCGACAUCUCAAGGUGCAGUAACAUCUCCACAACGACGGUGGACCUCCUCCAGUCACACCUGCCCUUCCUAGAGAACAUCCACUACAAAUUGAUAGGUGGGGCUGAUCAUGCCCUCGCCCUCUGAUUGACUGACUGCUCGAACUUUUAAAAAGAAUAAAGUCUGCUGACCAAAGCCUGCUCCGAGUUGAGCUUUUGCACAUUUCAGUGUUUUGUACAAGAAAAAAUAUUGCUAAGUUUAGAGUGGGACCAAAUUAUGUCAUGUUUUAAGUAAUUUAAAAAAAAUAUUUGCUCCUUUCUGUGGAGCUGGCAUCACUGGAUGUAAUGAUUGUUUUGCUUCAUCACUGAGGGUACAGAGUUCAUCAAAUGAAGGCAUUUCAAGGUGUCACAUUGUGAAGACAGUGACACACAAGCACCACAGUAAGAGGAAAUAUUUAAUAUAAAGUGUCGUAGAAACAAAAGAUUGGGUUUUGUUAUAUUUAAAUUUUUUUUAACGUCUUGUGGUGCUUUUAUUCACCUUAAACGGUUCUCAGACGUAUUUCUCAAAAGAAAAUACAUGUCCAACAGUUAGGAAAUAUAAGACGGUGGAAGAACAUAAACAUAAGCAGAACAUCAAUCCUUGACUAUAUAAAUAUAUAAUUGAUGAUUCUGGACAAAUGUCAUUUAAAUUGAGUUGGAGACUACUGAUGCCAAUGAUGCUCCAGUUUCUUUAUUUCCCAUGAACAAAUAACCCCAAUAGCAUUAUUUUAUUUCCCAUGCUGGAAAUAAAAUAAAAUUUUUCUCAGUAAUAUUG